GGUGAGCGCGCGCUUCCCGGACUGUAGCUGCCUGUCAUCGUUCCGGCUGACAUCACACAGAGGAUUUUGCUACAAUGUCAAACAUCCACAAGCAGCGCGAGCUCAUGGCUUCCCCGCGCCACUGUCAGAAGCAUCGCCGCGUUCUGCUGCUCAUCCUCUAAAUACAGAACUCCGUCCGCCUUUUAUGGGUUUAUUCUGUGCUCCCGGACAGGAUGCGUUUAAGGUCUAUGUGAAUGUGUGAGCCAGGUCAGAGGUCAUGCUGCGGAGGGAAUCUGACUCCCACGGCCUCUUUUCCUCCGGUGAGACGUCUGACAACGACUGUGAGAUGGGGGCGAGUUGUGUAGAGGUAGAUGUAGUGUGUCUAUGCGAGGCCGGUCCCUGUACACUUUACUCAGAAGCACACACGCCUACGCCGGACACACUGCUGUGUGAACACUGUGGAAAAAACAGAGUAAUGAUAACCAGGUACUCUGAGGGAUACGGCACAGAGGAGGAGUGUGUAUUAUCUGACCCUCAGGGGGAGAGUGAUGCAGAUGCUGAUAUAGAGGAUACAGAUUGCAGACUCCAGGAGCCGGGUUCCCUCCAGCGAAUUAGCUCUCGGCGACGCAAGCGUCCACGGGUAGCACGGCAGGACACCACUGAGAGUGAAGACGAUGGUGGGAGGAGUCACAGAUCCCAUCGCUGGAACCUCAGGCUCAGUCCUGACAGAGCACACAGCAGGACCAUACUGGAGGAGAGCAUAUCACAGGUCAGGCCACUGAUCAUCUGCCGGCCAAAUGUCGAGCGGCAGAAGAGUCCGGUCGAAAUGUCACGAGGUUCCAAACUGAUGUCUCUGUGGCCGUCAUCCCUCUCUCUUCCUCUUAUCCUCCUCCUCUCGCUGCCCCUCUCCCUCUCCCUCGUCAUUGUUAUCGUGUCUUUCCUCCUCCCGUGGGCCAGUGCUUGACCCAACAUCUCUGCUGCAAGAGAAUAGUUUACUUUCAAAACUUAGAAAAAGUUCCCACCAACCAAAAAUGUACUCUGCUAUCCUUUAGAAAGGCCCUCCGUAUAUUAGAAGCAUUUAAUUCUGAUGUUUUCCUUCCAGAAUAUGUGAAAUUACAUUUUGAAAGGAUAUUAAACAUCUUGUUUUUGGGGGGACUUUUGGACCUUUGGGCUCCACUAAAACCAAAAAGGCACAGGUACAGAUAUUUAAGUCUUUCAUGCUACACCUGUCAGAAUCACUCUCUGUGCAUUUACAUCCAGAAUCUGCUCACGAUGAAAACAACAUAAACUCAGUGCUUGCUUCUGCCUCAUAAAAUCUCACCUUCCGUCUCACUUCCUCACCCCCUCGUUUGUAAAAAUAGACCUCUCAUCUCGCUCCUUAUUCUAACGAGCCAGAGGAGCGAUACGUGGGGGGAAAGGUUUCAGGGCUGCGCAGGUACAUUCAAAAAGGAAAAUAACAGGCUCAAUAGGAAAACAUAUAAGAGACGAUGCUACUGAACUAUGCAAUUCCUCUGCUCCUACUGCGGCAUCUUAACUGCUGUAAAAGAACGUCUCCUAUGUCUUUGGCACUUUGGUCACCUUGUCGGCCCCUUUUCUCUCUGAAGAAUAUAUUUUAUGAAUGCAGGGACUAAUGGUUCUAAAAUAGAGCAUGACCCAAUUUAAAGAGCAAUAGCAGGAGAGAUCUGAUAUAGCUCCCGUCAUGUAUGAUCUACUGUACAUCUGUUAUUUUGAAGGGAUUACAUGUAUUAUUUUACUUGUUGCAGACUGAUUUAAAAACAGAUGGAUCCUUCUUCUUCUUCUUCUUCUUCUCCUUCUUCGUCUUCUUCUUCCUGACUGCACUUGUAUAUUUUUAGUAAAAUAAGCUGACCUCAAAAUAAAAUGAGCUUUAGUGGAACUUAAUCAUGUUAAAGCAAUUUAAACACUUAAAACUAUUUCACAGUCUUACAGUUGAAACAUUACUAUCAUGUUUAAUAAUAUUUAUGUUAUGUCUGUGUUAUUGAAUUAUUAUUUAAGAAGAAAAGUGAGCUUGACAAUCAGUCAUGCUACUUAUUUCAAGCUAAAAUAACGAGAAAAAGCCAUUUUGCCGUGGCUCCCCUGUACUGUAUGUUUAAAAUUGUUUUUGAAUGUUUUUGUGGCCAUGAUUUUUUUUUUUUUUUUUUUUUACAUCACAAUGAAGUUGCUUGCACCCCUGUAGAGAAAUGUUUGUUUCUAAAUUAAGAUCAGGUUGUACUUUAUGAGCUAUUUGAUUCAUGUUUAAGACCCUUUUCUCUCCAGGCCUGUUGUACUGCCUGUCUUACAUCUUAAAUUUUAUUUCCAUAUGUAUGUUCACCUCUGUUUCAUGGAGCCAUAGAACUUCAAUAAAACUAGAUUGUAU